UAUAUUAUAGGUGAUGAACACUACGUGAGUGCCACGGUGAGUGCGCACUUCUGAGGCAAGGAAGUCAAAAGUUGAUGUGCCGCCAUGAGUUAAAGUAAGAUAAAAGUUUUAUUUUCGUUUUCCUGUCACAAGACAAGAGGCGGUGGCCUAACUGGUGGAGUGGGUGAAGUCCGAAUAGCUCCUUUUACAAUAAAUCUAUAUGGAGAACAGACCAAUCAUGAGCCAUAACAGAACCUACGGCGUGGCCAACCCUGGCUUCAUAGCGACAGCGGAAACGGCACCAGCAAUGUUUGCCCCACCCGCCCCGGACUACUCAGCUGCCAGUGCUCCUCCAGCCAGCAUGUUUGAUAAUGUGCCCGGCUAUGAGGGGACCAUAGCUGGAGAUGGAGGUGGAUUUUUGCCACCUCCAAUGCCUGUCACACCUGUACAGCCACCACAACCUGGACCAGAGCAGCCACACUGGAACAUACCAUCUAUAACUGAAGAGACAGCCCGGGAUGCUUUUACACUGUACGCAUCCAGCAAGUGCUGCUACAGUAAAUCACCAGCAAAGGAUGGGGUCAUCACUAACAUGGAGGCCUUCAAUACAUACAGAUACAGAUUGGAAACAUUCACUGAAUCAAGAUCUACACAGUGGGCACACGAGCCGUAUCAUGGCCAGCCAGUUGAUGCAUUUGCCCAACCACCACCAGGACCGUGGGAUAUUCCUGCUCAAGCCCCAAGUUUUUUUCAGGAUUCCAAACAAGUUCUCAAGGUCCCAUAUACAUCAUCUGUAAAGCCAUGCCAUGCGUGUACGGGCAUGGGACGAAAACCUUGCAAAAACUGUGCGGGUAGUGGUAAUAAAGUUUGUUGGGUCUGCAAUGGAAGUGGUUUUCGCCAUGGAAAUGAUCGAUGCCAUUCCUGCAAUGGACGAGGACGAGACAAUUGCCACCACUGUCAUGGGAAUGGAUCAACGCAGUGUCCAACAUGCCAUGGGAAACAACAACUUCUGGUUUACAUCAACCUCACAAUAAAAUGGACAAACAAUUGUGAUGAUUACGUCGUAGAGCAGUCAAGUGGACUCCAGAUUUCCAACUUAAGCGAAGUGACUGGCAAGGAACUUUUCAGAGACUCCCAAUACUUGGUGUACCCUGUGAUGGGGUUUCCUGAUAUGUCUGUGGUCACUGCAGCACAGCGUCUUGUUGGUGAACAUAUGAACAGAUUCUCCCAAACAGCACGCAUCCUUCAACAAGUAACUGCCUUUUUUUACUACUGAUG